CUACGGUCUACAAUAACGAUGUGAAAACUUAGCAUUCAACAUGGCUUCAUCCUCGGAUCGUAACAAAGAUACUGGCGACUCACAGCCGAAUAGCGAGAACCCUUUCAUCAAGUUCCGCCAAUUCGCAGACUCGCAAAUCAGCUCACUCCUCCAAGGAAUCAUUGGCCUGCCAUCGGCCUUUUCGAGAAACGCACCCUCAAGUUCUCGAUGGGCUGAUUCCGAUGACAGACUUCAACGGCGAGAUGAACUGGAAGCUGUGCGGGCGAAGUUUGACCGGAUGCCGGACGAUGAGGAAGUAGAGAUACCCGUCAAGAAGUCACCAGAUUGGGGGAAGUAUCCGGCAGCGCGGGAGGAAGAACCGGACAACAGGGUAAUGGAUGACAAGACGGCAAGGGACCUGCCAUUGUAUUCUCCUGUUUCCAAAUCACUCUUCGCCCACCUCAGCCGCACCUAUGAUGACACAAAGGAUUGGAUGGCGCCGGGCUCUCGACCCUCCUUCGCAAUGAGCAUAUAUCGCCCCGGCCAGAUAUCCACUGACAGCAUGAGGUCGCUUCAGUAUAUGAUGUUCAACGAACUGAAUGCCGGCUCGAAUCUCCGGUCAGACUAUUCGCUUCUCCCCUAUUUGCUCUUCUCGCCAUAUUCGCCACUCAAGCUUUCUGCACCGUCAUAUUCAGCCACUCGUCGACGGGACGAUUUCCCAUAUUGUGAAGCCUUUGAGGAUUUGAUCAGGGUAUCUCAAGGUCGCCCACUGGCCACAGUAUGGACCCGGAUAGGCCUCCUAAACCCUUGGCUAUUCUUUCACCCUGCACCUUAUGCGGCUUCUUGUAUGGAGUGGAUCAAGGAGAUGCGAGCGGUCGGGCUUCUCCAGCAAAGCGUACAAUUAUCUGAGCCACCAUCACUUUUUACUCGUGGAUUCGCCAAGCAGAUAGAGAUGGCAGACGAUCAUCCCUUUUUCACGCGAUUGCCAUAUCGAAACUCGAGUCGAGAGAUUCAAGACCUAGCCGACUGGACUGUUGAAGAUUCGACGGAGCCCAAGACUGAACAGGAUAUGUACGAACGCUCUUUUUGGCUGAGUCGUUCAAUCACCAGCCUUGAGGACAUGAUGCAGUCUCUUUCCGCAGACAUCGAGAAGGAGUUGAAAGCCAUUUCGUCAAGUCCUGAGGCGGCUGAUUCAUCACCGGAGGGUCGGCGCGAGCUAAGAGGACCUCGGAGCGAUGCACAAGACCCCAAGAAGGUUUCCGAAGUCGAACCCACAGCCACUAUUGAUCCUGACAAGGUUGUAUCAAUGAGCAAAACCACUGAGCGCACUAUGAAAGAAGAUGGAUCAGUAGAGACAAAUGUUACAGUUUGGAAACGGUUUGGAGAUGGGAGAGAGACAGUGUCGACUUCGACCCAUACCGAGGACGCCCGGCCCGAAGGGUUUUCAAAGGAAGAGAAGCAGGAGACGACAGAAGGGGAUAAGAAGAAAAAGAGAAGUGGCUGGUUCUGGAAUUAGUGGUGUUGGGUAACAAAGCUGUUGGACCAGCUAUGGAGAAAAUUGGAGUCGUGAUUUAGGCUACCUGGGCUUGCCUGUCUAUGUAAUCAAUGCCUGUCUUGCCUUCCUGCAGUCGAUGAAGUGUCAUCCCGUCUGUCCCAUGGCGAUUCUUUGCUUGCCCAUAUUAUUAUUUCCUGUGCAAAUGCACGCCCAGAUCGAGCCUUGCUUCUGAUAAGCGUCGCUUGCCUCCGUUGUUGUUGAUCUCUCAAUCGAAUUCCGCAAAAAUAUCCACGAUCUGUAAUGCAAAGAUCCUGCAUAGUGAUUAGGUUAUUAGUUGCAUACCUGGGUGUUCAUAUCAAGGCUUUGGCUUACCUCAAGUGAAAGAUCCAAAGAAUCUUCCCUCG